AUGCCGGAAAGUCACGUUUUUGUUAGUGUAGCGGCUUCUUCAAACCCUUCUCUUCUACCUCCUAGAAGCUGCUAUACCACGUUCAUUUUGAGGUUAUUAAGCCCAAGGGAAGAGAAUAAUGCCUAUGCCGAUUGUCGGCCGGCUCCAUUUGCUGGAGUACCCCUCCCAUCGCCUCUGAUAAACUUCUUUUAUGCAAAAUCACGAUCCCUGUUUAAUUCACUCUCACCAACCCGGUACACAACCGUCUCUCAUACAAAAGUGGAAAAAGAUAUAGUCGCUCGUGUUCGAGAGGCAGAUGGGUUCAUAGAAUUAUGCGAGAUUUGGGAUCAAGGCAAUUGGAGGAUAGAAGAACACAUCGUUCAAACAGGGGAUGGUUACUUGUUGGGCUUGCAUAGACUCGUAAAAAAGUCAACAGCAGAAGAGCGGAAUAGAAACCGCGGGAAAGAGGGAAACGGGGGAAAGAAGGUUGUUUAUUUGCAUCAUGGAUUAUUGAUGAAUAGUGAGGUGUGGGUGGCUUCUUUGGAGAAGGAAAGGUGUCUGCCUUUUGUACUUGCUGAGAAGGGUUUUGAUGUUUGGUGUGGAAAUAACCGAGGCAACAAAUAUUCAAAGAAAUCCAUUCACCACCCUUCUACCUCCACAAAAUUUUGGAAUUUCAGCAUGGAUGAGUUUGCGUUUCAUGAUAUCCCUGACUCCAUAAAUUACAUUCUCGAGACUACAAAACAAAAAAGCUUAAGUUACAUCGGGUUCUCGCAGGGAACAGCACAGGCAUUUGCAACUCUAAGCAUCCACCCAGCAUUGAACAAAAAAGUGGAUGUGUUUAUUGCGCUAGCUCCUGCUAUGAGUCCCGCAGGCUUGCAUAACCCUAUCGUGGAUGCAUUGAUGAAGACAAGUCCCAAUAUCAUGUUCCUUUUCUUCGGCCGCAAAAGCAUUCUCCCUUCAACGACGUUCUGGCAAAGCAUUCUCUAUCCCCCGAUCUUUGUCCGAGUGAUUGAUUUUUUUCUGAUAUUCCUAUUCAACUGGCGUGGAAAUAAUAUCUCCCUUGAUCAAAAGAUUGCGGCAUACUCGAAACUAUAUUCUUACGCAUCAGUCAAAACUGUAGUGCACUGGUUCCAGAUCAUACGUAACAGGUCUUUCCAAAUGUACGACGAUGAUAUCCUGUCUCCUAUAAUGGCGUUCUCAGGGAAGAAUUUCUACAAAGUUGCGAAAUUCCCUACCAGGAAUAUCACCACACCUAUCGUCCUUGUUUACGGAGGAAGUGAUAGUUUGGUUGAUAUCAAUGUUAUGCUAAAGGAGCUCCCCGGACACACUGUUGCAAAAGAAAUUGAACACUAUGAGCACCUUGACUUUCUUUGGGCACGGGAUGUGGACAAGCUCGUAUUCCCGCAUGUCUUAGAGGCACUCGAACUGUAUUCUUCAGGUGGGGAAGGGAAAAAACUCAAUGGAUCGGCAAGCUUAAGGGAUGAGCAUACGGAUACUAAGGACAGCGCUCUUCAUUUCGAUUCAAAUCCGUCUCGUCCCAGUUCAUCAGGCUCCGCAACCAUGAAAAUCGCAGACCACUCAAUGCAACAUGAGAUGGAUGGGCUUUAUUCAUCAAUUAAGAUCCCUCGUGGAGACAAAAAAAGAUCCGGUAGUGUGUCAAGUACAUUUUCCACUUCGUCAUUAGGAGAAGCAGGUAUGUCACCGACAAGUAGUCGAAGUCUUAUUGGUCCAGGAGGAAUUACAUUAGGUACCGGAAAACCGACGGCGGGCGUUUCAACGGGAUUGUCGAUAGAUGAAAGUGGGGAAUAA